AUGCUAAAUGUAAGCGCAGGUUAAAUAUAAGUUUGUUUUAAGCUUAUGUUUAAUCUUAGGCUCAAGCUCAAAAUCAAGCUCAGGCUCAGGCCCAGACUCAGUCUCAGGCUCAGGCUUAGGCUCAAGCUAAGUUUUAAGCUCAAGCUCAAUCUCAAUUUCAAGCUCAAGUUCAAGCUCAGUUUCAGCUUUAGGCUCAGGCUCAAGCUUAGGCUCAGGCUCAGGCUCAUUCUCAGGCUCAUUCUCAGGCUCAGGCUCAGGCUCAGGCUCAAGCUCAGGCUCAGGCUCAGGCUCAGGCUCAGGCUCAGGCUCAGGCUCAGGCUCAGUCUCAGGCUCAGGCUCAGGCUCAGGCUCAGGCUCAGGCUCAGGCUCAAGCUUAUGGUCAAGCUCAAGCUCAAGCUCAAGCUCAAGCUCAGACUCAGACUCAUUUAGUGGACGUACGUUGUCUGUCCUCUAAUCUAAGCUUGAGUUUAAAUCCUAGGCUUAUAAUGCCAAGUCAUGUUAACCUAAUAAUACCAAAAUUAAGAAAUUAAGUUUAUAAAAACUAAAGCAGUUUAACAAAAAAAGCCAUAAAAAACACCUGCCAAAACGUGUGGUUGCAAAGAAAUGCGGUUAUACAGCUCGUAAAUUUUGAUAGCAGAUGGUUAAUAAUACAGUCCCAAAACCAAUUAUUUCAAGGUGAUUGCGGUUUUACAACCUUGCUUAUUACGAAGUGCCUUUUAUUGCUAAACUUGGUUGUAAUGGACUUUAGGCUUAAUUAAGAUCUGUCGUUACGCUAUAAAAACCUAAGCCUAAAAUAAUUUUUUUUUCGAAAAAUUUUAAUUAUUUUUAUAAAUAUUAGAUUGUUCAAUUAAUUCUGUGCUCUUCCUUAAAAAAAGUAGAGGGCCAGAGGACACAGAAUUAUUUAAACUACCAAACAUUUUUAAAAUUUGAAACGUGUUGUCGUUUGCCAUUUCUUUUUGACACAAACAAACCUUAAACAACCCUGUUUGUUUGCCGCAAUUAGAAUAUUUGCGUUUUAGUCCAGACUAACAGUUAUGGCGGCUCGAAUUUCCCUUUGUAAAUUAAUAUUACAUACGCAGGUAAUCGUAUCUUACCGACUUUUGGCCCUUUAAUGGGGCUUGAAUUACUAGUUUCUGAAAGUGGUUUGCAGAGAGUGUAAAGAAUGAAGAGACGGUGCAAAGAAAGAGAGAAGGUUUAAGUCUUUUUUAAACUUUGGGCUAUUGUAGGGUUCAAAGCUGGCUUAUGCUUAGACUUUAACUUCAAUUUAGGCUUAGUUUUAGGCUCAAACUCAGGCUCAGGCUUUGGCUCAGGCUCAGGCCUAG